CCGCUCCCCAAUACCGGCUACUUUAUUCUAUACACUAUAGCUGUAGCGCUGAGCAAGCACCCCUGGCCCCUAGUGAGCUGCCCCAUUAGAGAGCCUGUCAGUCACAAUGAAUAUCUUUAGGUUCCUGGGGGAUAUUUCCCAUCUCUCUGCCAUCCUCAUCCUCCUGCUGAAAAUCUGGAAGUCCAGGUCCUGUGCAGGGAUCUCUGGGAAAAGUCAGCUGCUCUUUGCCAUUGUUUUCACUACACGAUAUCUCGACCUGUUCACAAACUUUAUCUCCCUCUACAAUACAUCCAUGAAGAUGGUGUAUGUUGCCAGUUCCUACGCCACAAUAUGGAUGAUAUACAGCAAAUUUAAAGCUACUUACGACGGGAAUCAUGACACUUUCCGGGUGGAGUUCCUUAUUGUCCCAACAGCAAUUUUGGCAUUUCUUGUAAACCACGAUUUCACUCCACUAGAGAUCCUUUGGACCUUCUCAAUUUACCUAGAAUCAGUAGCCAUAUUGCCUCAGCUUUUCAUGGUCAGCAAGACUGGGGAAGCUGAGACCAUCACCAGUCAUUAUCUCUUUGCUUUGGGAAUCUACCGGGCGCUGUACCUCUUCAACUGGAUCUGGCGUUACCAGUUUGAGGGAUUCUUUGAUCUCAUUGCAAUUGUUGCUGGGCUGGUACAGACUGUUCUGUACUGUGACUUCUUUUACCUGUAUAUCACCAAAGUUCUAAAGGGGAAGAAGCUCAGUUUACCAGCAUAAAACACCAGACUGCCUUCUUCUGCGUCGCAAACUGUUUUGGACCCCACUAAAAGGAAACAAAGUAGGAAAAGGGAAAGUUCAUUGAACCAGAAACGGCACGAAUGGUGAAUAGGAGUUGCUUUCCGCAUUUCCACUAUGCUCCCAAAAUGAUAAUAAAAGAAAGACUUCAGAAAAUACAUACUACAGCCAAGCUGGCUUCUGACCUUUUUUGUUUUUUUUGUUUUUUUUACAAAGACUGGUCUCCAAGUCGGCAAUUUGUAGUUUGGGCCUUAGCAACAAAAAAACGAUCUUUCCAAAUCUGUAUUUCUUGCUAAAUUGUUUCUUAUUAUCCAUAUCUUGCAUCCCUGAUUGUUUCCAGGAGAUGUCUGAAACCAAGAACACAUACCUAUUUCUGUAAUCAGCCUAUUUUACAGAUAUAUCAGUUUUUUUUAAAUAACAAUUAAAGAUCUCCUAGACAGUU